UGAAUUAGUGCUUGUCUAUUUUCGGCAGGGUACGGAGCUGCUGGCUCUCGCGACCAUCGAAACCAACGUAACCAAAUCGCCAAUCUGCCAGGAAAAGUGCCUGCCAUUUCCACGUCGAAUUGCAUCUGGGAGAAGCUUCGAUAAGAAGGCACUGAUAGACUUGGCUUCGGGCAGUCUUCAGUCUUUGGUCAGCGCACCUCGAUCUAAAUUCGGCAACGGUCGCUCUCGCUUCGGAAGAACGAGACCCAUUGAUAAGCCUGGAUUUGAACUAGACGGUUGUCUAACCUCCACAUCCGCGAAAUUUCCCAUUCGUUGUGGCCAAAAAUUAUGUGCUAAGCUUGACAGCAAGAGAAGAUUCGUACAACUCUUCUACAGCUAAUUUACCAAGAAUCGCAAUGCCCGACACGGAAAUCAUCGUUACCAAUGCCGGGGAGCCUUCCACCAAGGCGAGUCUCAUCGUGGUCUCCAAUCGGUUGCCGUUUGUGCUGAUCCGGAACCCGAAGACCGAUGAGCUGGAACGCAGGGCCAGCGCCGGUGGUCUGGUGACCGCAGUGUGUCCGGUGGUGAUCAAGGGCAGUGGUCUCUGGGUGGGCUGGUCGGGUAUCCACUUGAAGGAUCCCAACGAGGCCAUUCCCGAGUCCAAUCCCAACGAUCAGACGCCGACCGCUGGCCUCAAGUCCGAGCAGGUGGUGUCCGUCAACAUCGAUUCGAAGAUCUUCGACAGCUACUACAACGGAUGCUGCAACAAGAUCUUCUGGCCACUGUUCCACUCGAUGCCGGGAAGAGCCAACUUCGGAGGCGAACACUGGCACGACUAUGUGACUGUCAACAAGCACUUCGCCGUGCGGACCAUCGAGGCUCUGGAGAAGUGCCUGGCCAAAAACCAGGGCAGCGAGAAGAGCCCACCCAUUGUCUGGAUCCACGACUACCAUCUCAUGCUGGCCGCCAACUGGGUGCGCGAGCAUGCCGAGGAGAAGAACUUGCCCUGCCGACUGGCCUUCUUCCUGCACAUCCCGUUCCCGCCAUGGGACAUCUUCCGCCUGCUGCCCUGGUCCGAUGAGCUCCUACAGGGUAUGCUGGGUUGUGACCUGGUAGGCUUCCAUAUUCAGGACUACUGCCUGAACUUCGUGGACUGUUGCCAGCGGAACCUAGGCUGCCGUGUGGACAGAAACAAUCUCCUGGUGGAACAUGGCGGGCGCACCGUGCGCGUCCGUCCGCUUCCCAUUGGUAUUCCCUAUGAACGCUUUGUUAAUCUGGCCACGACCGCGCCCAAGGUGCUGAAGACAUCCAAGAUGCAAAUCAUCCUGGGAGUGGACCGUCUGGACUACACAAAGGGCCUAGUCCAUCGCCUGAUGGCUUUCGAGGCGCUGCUGCUGAAGUAUCCGCAGCACAAGGAGAAGGUUAGCCUGCUGCAGAUCUCGGUGCCGUCGCGAACCGAUGUAAAAGAGUACCGGGAGCUGAAGGAGGAGGUGGACCAGCUGGUGGGCCGCAUCAACGGACGCUUUACCACCGCCAACUGGGCGCCCAUACGCUACAUCUACGACUAUGUUAGCCAAGACGAACUGGCUGCCUUGUACAGGGAUGCCGCUGUUUGUCUGGUAACUCCGCUUCGCGAUGGCAUGAACCUGGUGGCCAAGGAGUUUGUGGCCUGCCAGAUCAACGAGGUGCCCGGCGUGUUGGUCAUCUCACCGUUCGCAGGAGCCGGAGAGAUGAUGCACGAGGCUCUGCUCUGCAACCCGUACGAGGUGAACGAGGCCGCCGAGGUGAUCCACCGAGCACUGACUAUGCCCGAGGACGAGCGUGUCCUUCGUAUGGCACGUCUUCGUCGCCGGGAAGCCGAGUGCGAUGUGAGCCACUGGAUGCGUUGCUUCCUGAAGGCGGUCGGCGCUCUUGAGAUGGAUGAUGUGGGCACCACUAUCAUGCAGCCUGUGUCUGUGGACGAUUUCGAUGACUACUUACUGAAAUACAUCGGCUAUAACCACAAAUUGGCUCUGCUGUUGGAUUACGACGGCACCUUGGCGCCCAUUGCCCCUCAUCCUGAUCUGGCCACGCUCUCGCCCGAGAUUAAGAACGUACUAUAUAAGCUGUCCAACCACUCUGACGUCUACGUGGCCGUCAUCUCAGGUCGCAACGUGGACAAUGUGAAGAAGAUGGUUGGCAUCGAGGGCAUCACCUAUGCGGGCAACCACGGCUUGGAAAUCCUUCAUCCGGACGGCAGCAAGUUCGUACACCCCAUGCCCAUGGAGUACGAAAAGAAGGUCAGUGAUCUGCUGAAGGCACUGCAGGAUUCCGUUUGCCGUGACGGCGCUUGGGUAGAGAAUAAGGGGGCGUUGCUAACGUUCCACUACCGAGAGACACCCAAUCACCUGAGGGGAGCUAUGGUGGACAAGGCGCGCUCCUUGAUCGAGAAGUACGGCUUCAAGGCCACGGAGGCGCAUUGCGCUCUGGAGGCUCGUCCGCCGGUGCAGUGGAAUAAGGGUCGUGCCUCGAUCUACAUCCUGCGCACAUCCUUCGGCGUAGACUGGAACGAACGCAUCAAGAUCAUCUAUGUGGGCGACGAUUUAACAGACGAGGAUGCCAUGGUGGCUCUGAAGGGAAUGGCGAGAACUUUCCGUGUGACAUCGUCAGAUAUUGUGAAGACCGCUGCGGACCACCGACUGCCUUCCACAGACUCCGUGUACACGCUGCUGAAAUGGGUGGAAAGGCAUUUCAUGGGACGCAAGGCCCGCGCCAAUUCGCUGACCUACAGGCCCACCAAGGGCGAUGGGGUCCAGAUGCAAAUGUCCCUGGAGGUAGCCGCCUCGGCGAACAAUCUGGAGGUGUGAGACCAGAUAUCCUUGCAUGCAUAGGCAACCUCGUAACUCAGAUAACUUUUAAGAUUUUAAGAAUAAAGAAAACGGAUUUGUAGCUUAAAGAAA